GACACUUAAACUCCAGCGAGAUCAGCCUUCAACUGUCUGUCCGGACAUCACAUCUCAGCUGUCGGGGAAAGUAUGGAGCUCGAAAACUUCAGAAAUUUGAGGGAGAGGUGCAGCGUGAGGCGGGACAUCAUCAGAGAGUUUCUGGCUGAAUUACUAGGGACAUUCGUACUAAUACUCUUCGGUUGUGGUUCAGUGGCCCAGACUAUUCUCAGCAGAGAAAAACAUGGAGAAAAUCUUACCAUCCACUUUGGCUUUACUCUAGGGGUGAUGCUGGCUGUGUACAUGGCAGGAGGCGUGUCAGGUGGACAUGUGAACCCCGCUGUUUCUCUGGCUAUGGUCGUUUUGGGGAAACUCCCAUUAAAGAAAUUUCCUGUCUAUGUGGCAGCCCAAUUUCUAGGUGCUUUUGCAGGGUCUUGUGCUGUCUUCUGUCUGUACUAUGGUGCCUUCGCAAAUUUUGCUGAUGGAAAACAAAUUGUAGUUGGUGAAAACGCCACAGCAGGUAUCUUUGCCUCAUAUCCACGUGAAAAUCUCUCAUUGUUAAAUGGAUUCAUUGAUCAGGUGAUUGGCACAGGCGCCCUGGUCCUCUGUAUUUUAGCCAUUGUUGAUAAGAAGAAUAUUGGGGCACCUAAAGGAAUGGAGCCACUGGUUAUUGGUCUGAGCAUCCUGGCUAUCGGAGUGUCCAUGGCUCUGAACUGUGGCUAUCCCAUCAACCCUGCCAGAGACUUGGGACCUCGGCUCUUCACUGCUAUGGCAGGAUGGGGACUAGAGGUGUUCAGGGCUGGAAAUGGCUGGUGGUGGGUUCCAGUGGUCGGACCGAUGGUGGGCGGUGUGGCCGGGGCAGUGAUCUACUUCCUGAUGAUUGAGCUGCAUCACCCUGAGCUUGAGAAAAACCUUGAAGAUGACAACAGCAUCAAAGAUAAAUAUGAAUUGAACACCGUAAACUAGAAAGAGAGGGAAAGUAUGGUAUCUUUUCCUUCACCAUAGACCUCAAACAAGAAGCACUGUUAUUUCUACACACUCUCCUUCUCGGUCUUUUCCUCUAGAUCUCUUUUCUGAGUCUUUUGCCAAGUCAGUUCAUGAAACCAAGCAGCUAUGAAAGACAGCAAGUGUUAAUUAUCUAUAAUUCUAGCUUUUUCAAGUUCUUAACAAGUUUAACUUUUUCAAAGAUCACCAUUCAUUCUAUCUAUUCUAUAGAGCGAUCAACAGCAGAAACAGUAUUUAAUGUAAAGCAUCCACAGUUUUACCAUCAACACCACUGCCAGUAAAAGAUCACAGGUGCUAACAGAUCCUCCAUAUUAACAACUCUGGAAUGUAUAUAGAGAUAAUCAUAAUUUUCAACUGGUUUCUCAGGUUUCCUUUUUUGUUUCUUAAGAUAUAGUCAAUGCAGGUUGUCUAGCCUCAGCCAGAGAGAGUUAAACCACUCCAGCAUUGCACCUAUAUUUUU